UGCAAUUUUGUAUUAAUCGUAGGAUUCGUAGGUAUCGUGUUUGUAGUACAGUGUUGUUGGCUUCAUCUAUACACAAUCUAUUUUACCUGGAAAUUAAUUUUCAUGAAGUGCGCGAGAAGAUAUAUUUACAAAGUGCAUAUUUAGAGCAGCAAACAGCAAAGCAUUUUUUUUCUCUCGAAAAAAGUGAGGCCCUUUCAUGGGACUGUUGCCAUUUCGAGUUUUUUUUUUAUAUUUGUUCUACUUGUGACUCGCGGCUGCAGUGCUCUCUUUUUUGUAAGGGAUUGUGGGGUUAUUUUAACAUUUACAAAGUAGUGCUACUUGUAAAGUGCUGAUGUAAAGUACGUGGCUAUUACGGCUCGACUUAUACUUAAUGCUUAUAAGCUAUAAUGUACACCCUUUUUUUUGGCACCCAAAAUUCACUGCUUCGAAGGUUUGAUCAUUUUGAUUGACUCUUCUCAGGCGCUCUUAACUGCUGUAGCUGUUUUCAGUGUAUAGUUCAGUCACACGAGCAAUGAUUUUUUUUACCUCGAAACUGACUGAAAUAACUGUUAACUAGAUUCCAAAUGAACUUUGCAUCAUCUCGUCGACACUUAUAGAAAAGUAUACUUAGUAGGUAUUUGCCAGGUGUGGAUUGCAGUUGUAUGCUGUUUGUCAACAAGAAGUAAUAAUGGCCAAAGUACCAAAACACAGGAGGAUCAAAAGGGCUACAGUCCUUAUCAAGAGAACUAGGUGUAUCAAGAACAGUAAAAAAGUCAUAAAAGCCCCCUCCUUGCUGUAUCAGAAAUUGAAAGUUAACAAUCAUUCAUUGGCUAAAGCCUUGGCCCAGGAAAGACAAGAGUAUCGGAUGUUAUUCACAAGAAACAAUGAGUUGCUGGCAGAAGUACAAGACUUAGCUCAUGCUUGUAACAAACGUGAUCUGGUGAUUUCAAAUAUAUUGAAAAAUUCAAAGGAAAUGAUGCAAAUGCUUGUAACGAUGUCAGGCUUCUUGACUAAUGUUAUUUCUUCGUGUCAAGAGUUUGUGUCAAAUCAAGUCCCCCGCCGUACAUCUAGUAGCAGUAACGCUGGAAGGAGAGAGUCGACUCGAAGAACAUCCAUGAAAUCACCAGCCAGAGGAGUUGUCAAGCCAAUGGUGAGUGGCCACACAAUAACGAAGCCUACAAUAAAUUUAAGCAGAGUAAACAUGCAGAGACUGCCGAAUUCAAAUUUGAGUAUUAUUGAAGAGCCAUCAACCCCUGAAAGGAAUUCGGACAGAUCAAUCCCGGAAAAUAGACGCUCACGUAGUUUAUCUGAGAGGAUCCCAGGUCCUGCACUUAGCAACGAAAAUGAAGAUGACCGUGCAAUGCUCAGGAGAAGGUCAAACAGAUAUUCUGCAGGAAGAUUAUCGUCGGGACGGUAUUCCAAAAAAAAUUCUGGUCGUUUGUCGGGAGGAAGUGUUGUUGUUGGUAGAUUGUCAAGAGAAUUACUAAAAAGUCCUCGCGUCACUUUACAAGACGUCUCGAGAUAUUUGACGAACAAUCAAAGUAUUAACGUUAGACUGUUUUCAGAAACAGCUAACUCGAAUAACGCCAACAGUUCAAGUAGUCCCGAAAAUAUGCAACAAAGUGAGCCGUCAAGUCCUGAAGAAAACGAUCAGGCAAACAUGGUGAUUGUCCAGAACGACUCUGAGCCUCAAAACACAUCAGAAUCCGAGACUGAAAAUACUCCAGUACAACAAUCACUGCCAAGGAAGUCAACGAUGAAGUCGGUAGAAAGUAAAUGUGCUCCAAAGCGUAGUGUACGAUUUGAAAAUCGUUCAUCCACUAGCUACGACUCGGACGACCCUCUGGAAGGCCCGAGCUGGUUAUUCGAUUCAACCGUGACCGAGGAGGAUACAGAUAACGACGCAAGAAAUAAUCGAGAGAAAAAUACAUCGCGUAGUAAGUCAAACCGCCACUCUUCAGCAAACAUGGAGCAAAAUUCACCAGUGUCGUCAUUGAGUUCGAGACGUCGCAGUUCUGGCAACUUUCGCGUGCCUGAGUUACCUAAACGAUUUAUCAAACCGGCUGUUUCUUCUCAGCUCAAUCUUAACAAUGAUUUCGAUUUAUCAAAUACUAGAGAUGGUAUCGGCUUGGAAACGUCUAGCAGCUAUGCGAAUCAUAAUGGAAAUUUAAUUAACCGAAAUGGCGAGGACGAUGAAGAAGAUGACGAGGACGAGGAUUACGAUCGUCGAAGAAAUCUAUGUUUCAUAACUCAGAGGCGAGGUCACAUGAACGACGACGAAGACGACGAAGAUGACGACACCAUGCUGAUAAACAUGCAACGUCAAAUGAGGCCGCACGCACAGGCAAGCUUUCAACAACCCCAACAGCAUCAGUCGCCUGAACAGUCCGAGCGAAUGCAAUUUGACCUUAAUGAACUGCUACAGUUGACGCCACUCAAGCCCCUGCUGAAAAUCAAUUGUACAACCAACAAUGAGCUUGUCCAGCCGGACCCUGAAGCCGAGCCAACAGUCACGGUUCAACUCACUCAGAGGGUUCCUCCAGUACUGGAGGAGACGUUAACAAUGAGUCGAAUGUCAACCGAAAAAAUUCAGCAAUCAGUGGCGCGAAACCAAGAUAGUAGGGCUAGUGGUAGCAACGGCCAAGAACCUCGACGUUUCAGUGAACUUUCGACCUCUAGACUAAGCACAAGAAUCGAGUUGCCGAGGCUUACGGAAUUUCAAAACACAAUCGUUGUUGAAAACAAUCAACAACCGAAUGUGAUACUUCCGUCUGAUGUUACGGACAAUAGCAGUAAUAUGAUGGAGAAACGAAAAAGAAAUGUAAGGAAACAAUACACCGAGGUGAGACACUUGGCAAGUGAGGAAGAGGAAGAGGAGGAGGAGGAAGCAGAAACACCCAAGAAAAAGAAAAAAAAACCUAAAAAAGGUAAAAAGAAUAGUGAUAACAAGGACCCAAGUAGUGCUAAAGUUGUGCUUCAAAAAUUGAACAAUUCAAAGCGAUCGGCAUCGAAGUCAGAGCACAAGAAUUCUGAUGAAUCAUUAUCUUCCGCGAGAAGUUCCGUUAUAUCGAGAGUGGACCCUUCAAGUGAUUCGGAGUGUAGCAGUACUAGUAACAACAGUAGAAUGACAUCGGCACGACCAAGACGCCAGAAAGCCCCGAAAAAUUUACAAGAACCAAACAUCAAAAUGAAAUUAAGGAGAUAAAGUUCAAGCACUAACUCUCUUGGAAUUGUUAUCAUGGCUAAGUUAAGAAAAACAGUCUAUCAUUUAUGCCUCUUCAUGAUUUCAAUGUUGUACAUAGUGUUAUAGUUAGAUUUCAUCACGUGUAUGUUUAAUUAAUGUUAGCGCCAGAUUUUUCACCGAGUAUCGUUUUCCAUUAGAGUGAUUUUCAUUUAAAUGAAUGGUCUGAAUGUUCAAUUUGACAUUUAUAUUACAACCAUUUUGAACAAGUUUAACGCUAAGAUUAAAAACUAAUUUUUUGUUAAACAAAAAAAAAUUUGCAAAAUAGUUGAAACUUUUCAUUUCCUGCUGUUGUAUGGCAAAACA